AUGAAGAAGACUACCAGCAGCCCGAUUGCAGAGCCAUCUGCAAAACUGAACCGCGAAGCCCUGAUGGGGCGCCCUUUGGACGAGAGUUGGGGCGUGAACCCUCCCGAGUUGCUGCAUGAGCACAGGGUGGCCAACGGCUCCAUCAUUCGCGCUCGGGGUGGACGCGUCGAAUCGCGCACCAUUUUCCGAUACGACGAUACCAACCCUGAGGCGGAAUCCAAGGAAUACAUGGAAUCCCUGCGUAGAGACCUUGAUUGGUUGGGAUGGAAACCUGAACGAAUCACACAUAGUUCCGAUAACUUUGAAGUCCUCUACGAGCUUGCCAGCAAGCUGAUCAAGAAGGGUCUUGCCUAUUGCUGUGACAUGACAAAAGAGGAAAUUGUGGCUCAGAGGGAAUUAGCCAGGAAGCGAGCUGCAUCCAAGAACCCCGACCUCGAGUAUCUCAUCCUAUCUCACGACUUCUACCUGGCCGGAAUAGAGACUUUUGAUAAAAUGAAGAAGGGCGCCUAUGACGAGGGAACCUGGACUCUGAGGCUCAAGAUGGACUUUGAAUCUCCCAACCCAAACAUGUACGAUUUAGUGGCUUAUCGCAUCAAAUACACGCCUCAUCCGCAUGCCACGGACAAGGAAUGGUGCAUCUAUCCAUCCUACUGUACGACUUCACCCACGGAAUCUGCGAUGCUUUGGAGGCAAUCGACUUCAGCAUCUUAUACUGUGAUGAGCAAACGAAGGCUUCUUAGACUUGUGAUCGAUGGACAUGUCCAUGGAUGGAGCGACCCAAGGAUGCCUACCAUUGCUGGCUUCCGUCGACGAGGCUAUACCAAAGAAAUCAUCAAUGAGUUUUGCAACGACCUUGGCGUUUCGAAGGCUGCGAAUGUGAUUGAAUACGAAAAGUUGGCCAGUGUUGCCCCUAGGAAGCUGGAGAAGACAUCCCUGCGAGCCAUGGCGUGUCUUAAGCCCGUCAAGGUGGUUCUCUCCAACUGGGACGAUGUCUCUUGCAAGGAUUCUAUGACUUUUGGAGUGGGAAACAAUCUCGCUGAUGGCAACAUGGGUCACAUCUCAUCACACUCACAAACCCAAUCUACAUUGAUGCAUCAGACUUUGGCUUGCAUGAUUCCAAGGACUACUUCAGACUGGCUCCUAAAAAGGCAGCUGGCUUGA